ACAAUUCUCGCCCCUACCAACCUCUAAAGUCUCUCUCAAACCUUUGUCUUAUUUACUGUCAUUUUUCAUACACAAUUCCCUUCUCAAAUCAAAACCAUAGAAGCCCAAAGAGCCAGCAAAGCUGUGCUUGGAAAUUAGUUGUGAGGGAGAGCUCACAAUCUAAUUUGAUCCGUUGCUGCUGUAGAUUUAACUAAUCCGACAGUCACUAAUCAUGCCGUCAGGUGCGAAGAAGCGAAAAGCUGCCAAGAAGAAGAUGGAGAAUCCAAAUCCGUCCCCUGAUUCUGCUCCUGCUCACACUCACGGGGAUGAUGAUGUGAAGCAAGAGAAGCUUCUGGCCGAAGCAGAGGCCGGAGGUGCUUCUUCCACGGAAGGGUCUCUAGUUGGGGUGGAGAAGGAUGUCAAGAUUGAGGAUGAAUCGGGUGUGAACGAUGGCAUCAUCGACCACAAUGGGGAAAACAGGAAGCCUUAUGAUGGAGGUUCAUCUGGGAGUUCUGGCAGCAGCAGCAGCCGCAGCAGCAGCUCAGAUGAUGAGAACAGUGGAAUCAAGAAAGGGGAAGCUGAGUCGAGCAUUGCUUCCGAGGUAUCAGUGGGAGUGGAUGAUUCUUUUUCUGGAAAGCCAGUUGAGUCUGUUUGCGAUUCAACUGUGGAAGGCAUCUCUCCAGCCAUAGAGUCUGAUGUGCUUUCUCAAGCUGACAUCUCUGUGGCUCCUCCGGUUGUUGAGUGUACACUAGAGGGGAAUGAGGGGAAAAAGCUUGGCUCGGUCGAAGAAAGAAUUUGCACGUCAGUUGAAGAAGCAGAUCUAACCAUAGAUCCAAAAGAAUGUGUUACACAAGAAAAUGAUGAUAGAUCAACACUUCCUAGAGUUGGUUUAGAUAGUGGAGCACAACGCGUUAAAGAUUCUAACGUUACUCAGCCCGUGGUGGCUCCUUCUCCGUAUCCAGUUCAAAAAACGACGUGGAAGAGUUGCUGUGGAUUGUUUGAAAUGUUUUCAGGGUCUGGUGAUUAAUCAAAGAUUCUGAUACAAAAUUUCUAAGUUGUAGAAUCUUGUUGAAGCAGAUGCAGACAUUGUGGCUGAGGGAAGUUGUGGAGGAUGUCAAUGAAGAUCUCCACCAUCAAAACAAAGAGUUAGUUCUGCCUUUUCAUGUUGAUUUAGCAGUGAAUAUAGACAUACACUUUCUUGUGAAUUAUUGUUCUUCAACUGCCCCUUAAUUAAUAAAACUGUGAAGUAUUUUGCAACA